GUCUCUAAGUUUUGACACAACCUCGUCAUGGAGAGCUCUGAUUUUGAAGACGAUUUCGACGAGGAUGAUCUUGAAUCACUGGUUCAUAGCUCUCCAAGUGCAUAUACCCAUACUUUCACCUCGCCAGCUCCAGAACAACGCGAAAGCCACCACAAGGACAUCCGAGUCCUUGCAGCAGACCAAAUCACUCACAUAAAGACAUCUCAACUUCCGAUCGAGGUCGUCGAUUACAUCGCUUCUUUCUUGUUCGACUCUUGCUCAUCUGGCUGCUUCUUCCAUGUCCACUCGUUCUCUUUGGUCUGUUCUCAAUUUAGACAUGUCGCUCUGCGUCAUUAUUUUUCUUCCAUUCGCGUUGCGUCUGCAAAGCAACUUGCUGCAUAUACAAAUUUUCACUUCUCAUUGGUUUCCCGUAAUGCCCCGGGCGAUAGUGUUGGGCUCAACUACGUCAAAACACUUAUAGCACCAUCGCAUGCUCUUGAAGCAGCAUCAUGGAGUCCAUCUCUCUAUAGGAACCUGAAACACCUGAUGAUCUCUUUCUCAUCGGACGGAAGACAAUCUCAGACAACCCGACUCAAGCGCAUCUUCUCCCCACCGGGAAUCCCCCUGGUCCCGUGGUUUCCUCCUCAACUGACGUCUCUCACAAUGACAAAGCUCUGGCGAAUUGACGUACCUUUGCUCAAAACCGUUGCAUCUGCGUUCCCUUCUGUGAAGGUUCUGCACCUCAGUUGCUCGGAACAGCUAGACGUCUCCUGCUGCUGGACUUGCUUUGAAGAAAGCUCAACUGCAGUCGUGCACUCGCCAAUCCCGAAUUACUUCAGUGACAUCACGAAAUUGACGGACAACUUCGCGGAUUCGCUGGAACCACUGACCCAGUUGACUGAUCUUCACCUUGGCAUUUUUCUUUCAGAUGAGGAACUGGUGGAAAAGCAUAUCGAGCACUACGACACCCCAUUGGAAUUCGACCAUACGCACCGAAUAGCGUUCAGUUCCAAAGCUGCAUCUCCACCCACCGGAAACAUCCUCAGUCAAUUGGAAACCGAGACUACCACUGGACACAUAUCAUAUUCAGUAGACCAAGAUGACAAAAAAGAAGAGUCUCACUCCGGAACCUGUACGGAAGAUUUGCCCUUUCCUCAUGGCCCAGAGCUCUGCCGUACAUGCAAGCUUUUCGGAUCCGCAUCCAAAGUACGCACACGAGAGCUGGAGGCAAGUCUCGCGCUCGCAGGGAAAAUCAAAACAUUACGCACGAUCAGCUGGAGUUCGUUCUUCACAUCUCAGGUCUUCGAGCCAGACGACAACAAGGCCGGCGAUUGGCUUAGGAGGACUACAGCCUACAUUUUACGCGCGAAUGGGAGGGUGCGAGUGCGUAGGAGACCUUGGUAA